AUGCCCACCAUACACAUUUACGAUGGGGUCAGCAUUGGCAGGGAGACAACAAGAGUUAUUGAUGUCCUAGAUCAAGCUGGUCUGCACAAUACAUACAAGGCCGUUCAGAAUGAAAUAUCUGCACCAGGAAAGAAGAGUGUGAACACAGACACGAAAGUGCUGCAACUGCUGAACGCGUUGAAUGGCGAGCUUGGUACUCAGUACGGGGUCUUCGAGUAUCACGGCCACGCAACACCAGACUCGGUGCUGACAGUCUUCGGGACUGUAGAGUCGUCAUUGGCCUCGCAGGUUGCUCUGUCGCUCGAAAGAGAAGGCGCGAAAGUGGGAGUCGUGAAUGUCAGAGUCUACAGGCCAUUCAUUGAAGAGGAAUUUCUCGGGGUCCUGCCUGAGUCAGUGAGGAAGAUCGGUGUGCUUGGUCAAGUUGACGAUCAGCAAGCGGUAUCGGACAGCAGCGUGCGCUCGAAUCUGUAUUGCGACGUUAUACCAGCGAUCGCAUACUCAGACAAAUGGGCAACGCCUCCAGCGGUAAUAGACGUGAAAUAUGCGAGGGAAACUGUUUGGACGCCUGUCUCUGUUGCGGCAGCAUUCCAACUGCUGGUGGAGAAGCCAAUUUUGCAACCUGAGGACAUAUGGACUGAAUCUGGAGCCCCUUCGGCCCUCCAGUUGCUUGACCCUUCAUCUGUUCAGCAGUAUACCUUUUGGGACAUUGAUACCUCAGACUCGGCAAACGCGCCGGUUGCGCUCGGCCAAGCUUUGGCAACAGAUUCCGCGAACAACGUCACCACCAAGACAGGAUACGACAAUCUGAUUCAAGGAGGAGUGUUCCGUUCUAAUAUUCGGAAGUCUAAGAAGACGAUCGAGGCUUCUUACUCGAUCGAUGCAGCAGAUGUAGUCUAUGUCGGCGGCGAAAGCCUUCUCAAGAUGUAUGACAUCCUCGGCGUAAAAGAUGACGAUCUUGAAAAGAAGCUUCCAGUCGAAUUUAGAAACGCAUUGGCCGCCAAAGGUGCCAAGUUGUAUAUUCUUGAUCCACCAGCAGUUGAGGUCAUAGCCAAUGAUCCAGCACAGGAAGUAUACUUGACGGAGCUGGCAUUCUUGCGCGUCGCGUUGCCCAACCUUGAGAAGACUGGAUUGCAGAAGCUGGCAUCUGUCAACGGAACAAUCGAGACAUUGCAGGAAUUGGCCAAGGUUCUAGACAACGCUUUGCGACUCGUGGAGAUCCCCAAGACUUGGGCCACCGAGGAAUUAGAGGGCACGCCAUCCUCAUUGUUCAAGGACAUAUGUACGAGCAGCUUUGUAGCUUACGACAAGAUUGAGGUAGACCCACCCACGUAUCUCAAAGACUGGAAGACGGCGGCCAAAGGCUUGAUUUUCAAGGAGGCUUACGGCACAAAGCCGGCACUGCGCCCAGACGUCAACGUCAAGACCUACACAGUGCAUGUACAGGAGAAUCGCAGACUUACGCCGCCAUCUUACGACAGAAAUAUUUUCCACAUCGAAUUUGAUCUUGGGAAUUCAGGCCUGACCUACGAUAUUGGAGAAGCGCUCGGUAUUCAUGCUGAGAAUGACGAAGUCGAGGUCGAGGAGUUUAUCAAAUUCUACAAACUUGAUCCUAAGGAGAUUGUUGAGGUGUCGAGUCGCGAGAAUCUCGAGGUGCUCGAGAACAGGACAGUGUACCAAGCUCUUAUGCAGAAUGUCGACAUCUUCGGCCGACCACCGAAGCGAUUCUACGAAGCUUUGGCUGAGUUCGCCGAUGAUCCCGAUGAGCGGAAAGAGCUUACCACAUUGGGAGGCCCUACCAAAGAGGGUAACCAGGAAUUCAAGAGGAGAGCCGAAGUAGAUACUAUUACUUACGCCGACAUCCUUUUGGGGUUCCCUUCGGCCCAUCCAAGCUUCCAUGAUAUUGUCCGCAUUGUUAGUCCGUUGAAGCGAAGAGAAUACUCAAUUGCGUCAUGCCAGAAGGUGACGCCGAACAGCGUUGCUUUGAUGAUUGUGGUGGUCGGCUGGGUAGAUCCGAAGGGUCGUGACAGAUUUGGUCAAGCUACAAGGUUUCUUAACAAGCUCAGAGUCGGCGCUCCUGUCACUGUCUCCGUCAAGCCGAGUGUGAUGAAGCUGCCACCGAAGUCUACCCAGCCAUUGAUCAUGGCUGGUCUUGGCACUGGUCUUGCGCCAUUCCGAGCCUUUGUGCAGUAUCGCGCGUGGGAGAAGGCACAGGGCAAGGAGAUUGGGUCCGUAUUGCUCUACAUGGGCUCGAGACACCAAAGAGAAGAGUAUUGUUAUGGAGAGGAGUGGGAGGCCUAUCAGGAUGCUGGUGUCAUCACGCUGCUUGGUCGUGCUUUCUCCCGUGAUCAGCCGCAGAAGAUCUAUAUCCAGGAUCGGAUGAGGCAGACAAUGAAUGAUAUCAUCCAGGCUUAUCUGAAGGAGGAAGGGGCUUUCUAUCUUUGCGGUCCUACAUGGCCUGUACCUGAUGUCACCAACGUGCUUGAAGAUGCUAUCGCCAGGGACGCACAGAUGAUAGGCAGGAAGGUGACCCCGAGGACUGAGAUUGAAAAGUUGAAGGAUCAGCUGAGAUAUGUUUUGGAGGUUUACUGA